ACAUGACGAAGCGCCCUGUGCAGCAGGCUCAACUCUCUCACCUUGGUGACCAGACAUUAUUUGCUAACAAUGUCGACACCUUCCGACACACCUGGCGCCGAGCAGGCUACCGCAGCCGAGCCCAGCGCAUCGCCAGCUAAGAGCAACGGUAUACAGAGCAACAAAUCAGGAUGGGACGGCAAGCUACGCCUGGACAAGAACAAAAAGGCGGUACUGGCAAACCCAGAGGCCCUGUCGGAUCCCGAAUACUCAGACGAGGAUGCGCCUCCGGUCGACCAAAUUGAAGCGGAUGAGGACCUGCUCGAAGACGAGGAUCCCGAGACUGAGGAGAUAGAUGUACAACACAGUCGGGUUUCGUCCAUCCCGGCACUUCAUCUAGAGCGCUUCAAGAAAGUCACGAAACUGUGUCUACGCCAGAACUCGAUUCAUUCCAUCGAACUUCCUGACUCGCUCGCCGCGACCCUCCAAGACCUCGAACUGUACGACAACCUCAUCUCGCACAUCAAGGGCCUCGACUCUUUCACAGAAUUGCGCAGUCUGGAUCUGAGCUACAACAAGAUCAAGCACAUCAAGCGCCUUGACCACUUGAAAAAGCUUGAUCAUCUCUACUUUGUUCAGAACAAGAUUUCGCGCAUCGAGGGCUUGGAUGGUCUCUCAAAUCUCACCUACUUGGAGUUGGGUGCCAAUAGAAUUAGGGAAAUAUCCGGCUUAGAAACCCUGACCGCUCUUGACUCCCUGUGGCUGGGUCAGAACAAGAUUACGGAGCUCAAGGGACUGUCUACGCUCACGAAUCUCAAGACGCUUUCCAUUCAAGCAAACAGGAUUACAUCACUGGAAGGACUCAAGGAGCUGCCUCAGCUCGAGGAGCUGUACAUCUCGGACAAUCUAUUAACCUCGCUCGAACCUCUCUCUCAUGCACCCGAAAUCCGGAUUCUGGAUGUCCAAAACAAUCCUCUUACAUCCCUGCGUGGUGUCUCGUCACUGGUCCAUAUCGAAAAUCUUUGGGCAACAAGCUGCAGGCUAGAGCGUUUUGAUGAAUUGGAAAAGGAGCUCGGUGACAAGAAGGAACUCUCCGAGGUUUACUUCGAGGGGAACCCUCUACAAAAAUCGAACCCUGUGCUAUAUCGCAACAAGGUUCGCUUGGCUUUGCCUCAAGUCUCAAAAAUCGAUGCCACAUACGUGAGAGUCUGAGGUUAUGGUCUAUCAUCACAGACCUAUAACCGAGCUUACCAGGUCUCUUCUGGUUCCAUAAUCAGCUUCCCGAUGCCCUCUUGCGCUCCGUACAUUCAGUGCGUCAGCCUAGAGUAAGAACACAGGGCACUCCGUGUACUUACCCGAAGUCAAGUCUACAAAGUCCGUCGGACGCCUUCAGAAGGUCUUGUGCAGGCAUCGGUAAUCGGCCGGGGCAUCAUCAAGGAAUGAAUCGGAAUCUGAUGGUUUCUACGUCGAGUCUUUCGCAACGAAUUGGCAGUUAACUGAUUUGAAUGCUUGAUCCAGUCCCCUACAGCACUUUUAACAGAUCUUUGGGAAACGUCAUAUCGAUUUCUUAUGUCCAUUUAAAACCGAUCACAGUCGAUUCGGAAACUCUAACCGGAAAGCCCUACUGUACCAAGCCCACGUUUAAUUCUCUCCGCAACCUUAAAAUCAAAGUAUACCACAUGGCACAACCAC